GAUCAUCAUCAUCAUCACCAUCAUCAUCACCAUCAUCAUUCAUAAAGGUCGCUACAUCUCCAUUAUUCAUCAUACAACCGCCUUCGCUUCUCCUUCUCUGUUUCUCUUUCUGCCUAUAAAUAAAUCUUCACUCUGUUAGUAACUCCUCUCUCUGCUUCUAACUAAUUCUUUUAGCAUAUAGUAGAAACCGCUCAUCUCUCUCAUCUCUCACAUUUGCAAUGGGCAAGAAGAAGAGCAACAGCAACAACCAAACCUCCGAGCACGACCACGACCACAACAACGAAGGCGAGAAGAAGGAGGUAGUACAAAAGAAGGAAGGCGACGACGGUGGUGGCAAGGAAGGGGGAAAGCAUCCUCCGACCGUCAUUCUCAAGAUUGAAAUGCAUUGCGAAGGCUGUGUAUCUAAGAUAAUCAAAUUAGCUCGUGGUUUGGAUGGUGUCCAAAGCGUCAAAGCAGACACUGAAUCAAGCAAGUUAACAGUGAUAGGGAUAAUAGAUCCUUCACAGAUUCGUGAGAUUCUCCAUCAAAAGACCAAGAAGAAGGUAGAACUUCUCUCUCCUCAGCCCAAGAAGGAAGAUUCUAAUGCCAAAAACAACAAAGGUGACAACAAGAAAUCCAGCGACAAGAAACCAGACGCCGAGAACAAGAAGCCAAAAGAGGCUCCGGUGACGUCGGCGGUAAUCAAGGUGGCAUUCCACUGUUUGGGAUGUAUCGAGAAGAUUCACAGGAUCGUUUCCAAGACGAAAGGUGUGCACGAGAUGACUCUAGACAAGCAGAAGGAAACGGUGACAGUGAAAGGGACCAUGGACGUUAAGGCGUUGACCGAGACUUUGAAGGACAGACUCAAAAGACCCGUUGAGAUUGUUCCUCCAAAGAAGGAGAAAGACGGAGGAGGUGGUGGCGGAGACAAGGACGGUGAGAACACCAGCGGGAAGAAGAAAAACAAGGGUGGUGGUGAUGGGCAAGAUAAAGCAGCUGCUGGUGGCGGUGGCGGUGGCGGUGCGGCGGCUAAAGUAGAAGGGAACAAAAUAGAGUAUAUGAUGCAACCGGGUUUCGGAUAUGGUCCAGGUCCUGGGUUCGGAUACGUGGGGCAGCCUCAGCCUCAGCCUCAGCAGCCUGUGCAUGUGUACGGAAGUGGGUACAUGGGUCAGGCAAUGCAGCCUAUGCCUGUUUAUGGAAACGGGUACAUGGCUCAGCCACAGCCAGUGCCCAUGUAUGAAUACGGAUAUGGACAAGUCCCGGGUUACCCUGUGCACAUGAAGUUCAAUGACGAGAACCCAAACGCCUGCUCUGUAAUGUGAAGAUGAUGAAAAAUUAGGAUAUGUAAAUACUAAAAAUAGAGUAGUGAGAAGGAGAAGGUAAAAUCAAAUUUUGGAUUAUCUAUUUUGUUUGUGUUUUCAUCUUCUAAUAUAGUUUUACUUCUAAUGUAUUGUCCUCGAGUUGAAUUUGAAUCGAGAAAUUUAACUUAUGAAUUAAA